AUGUCAACCUGCAUGUCCUCAACACGAUUGCUCACCGCUGCCAUCCCCAACCCAUUGAUCCGCCUAACCGCCGUCAACGUGCCCGCCCCCAACCUGGCGCGCCGGGCUCUUUCGUCGUCUCCCGCACCUGCCUCUCUCACCACUGCUCCGGCCAGGGUUUCUCCGAACCCUGUUGCGCCUGCAGCCCCACCAGCGACCAAAAUUCCACCUCAAGCUCACCAACGCUCGCAGCAGAUCUCUGCUCACCUCUCUACCUCUUCAAGACCACACCAACAAGAGCAGAGUACAAACAACAUGGCAUCGACAACGCUGCCCACCCGUGGUGGCUACGACAGCAAGGCUGCGGACAAGUUCACCGCGAGGAAGGUUGGAGCGCCACAUACCCUUGAGCACCGUGUGUAUAUUGAGAAGGAUGGCGUGCCCGUCUCGCCCUUCCACGACAUCCCGCUGUACGCCAAUGAGCAGCAGACGGUGCUGAACAUGGUUGUCGAGAUCCCAAGGUGGACCAAUGCCAAGCAGGAGAUCUCCAAGGACGAAGUCCUCAACCCCAUCAAGCAGGACACGAAGAAGGGCAAGCUCCGCUUCGUCCGCAACUGCUUCCCCCACAAAGGCUACCUCUGGAACUACGGCGCCUUCCCCCAGACCUGGGAAGACCCCAACGUCACACACCCCGAGACCAAGCAUAACGGCGACAAUGACCCUCUUGACGUCUGCGAGAUUGGCGAGCUCGUUGGAAAGCCGGGCGAGGUGAAGCAGGUCAAGGUUCUCGGUGUCAUGGCUCUCCUUGAUGAGGGCGAGACGGACUGGAAGAUCAUCGUGAUUGAUGUCAACGACCCGCUCGCUCCGCGUUUGAACGAUAUCGAGGAUGUGGAGAGGCACUUGCCGGGUUUGUUGCGGGCCACGAACGAGUGGUUCAGGAUCUACAAGAUUCCCGAUGGCAAGCCGGAGAACCAGUUUGCGUUCUCGGGUGAGUGCAAGAACAGGAAGUAUGCGAUGGAGGUCGUGAGGGAGUGUGCGGAGGCCUGGGAGAAGUUGAUCACCGGCAAGACGCAGAGGGGUGAGAUCAGCUUGACCAACGUCAGCGUCCCGAACAGCCAGGAUCGUGUCGAACCCAGCAAGCUCAACAUCCCAAAGCACGAGGAUAAGGCCCCAGCACCGAUCGACCCAAGCAUCGACAAGUGGUUCUACAUCUCUGGUGCCUCCGCCUAA